AUGACGUCUGUCGAAGAGUCAGUGGUGGCUUUAAAGCACAAAUGCCAGAAGAUAGUUGAUGGGAAGAAGGAAGUAAGUUAGAUUUUUGUUUUUAUUGUUCAAAUUUUAGAUGGAAGAAGCGUACUCACUACUGGAAGGCCUGGAAGGUAUUGCCAUAACUGUCGACGUACUUACAGUAAGUUUCGAGGUGUGGACUUGCAGUAAGGAUAGUUUUAGUAGCGGAAGGGGGAUUUUAGGAAAGAGAGGGGUAUUUUUGGCAUUUUGGCAAGGGAAUGUAAAAGAAACGUUUUUUGUUAGAGCUAAGGGCUUUUUUGGUGUUGUACUCUUGAAAAAGGUCUCUUACUCAAGUUCUAGCCAUUUUUAAAGCUAAAAAACGAUAUUAUUAGGCUUAGAAGACAUUUAGUAACAAUUAUGUUAACCCAAAAGGCUAAAAGUUCAAUAUUCAACUUCCAGAAGACCAGAAUCGGAAUGACGGUGAACGAUCUUCGUAAAAAGACCAAAGACGAAAAGCUAGCCAAGCGUGCCAAGGCUUUGAUCAAGAAGUGGAAAGCCAUGAUCGAUACGGGUGUCGUUAACAAUAACAAAGACUCUAAGCCUGUCAAUUAUGCUCCAGCCAAGACCGAACUGCCACCAGCACCAAAGACAACAACACCGCAUGUGUUCAAACGUACUGCCGCUGCUUCGAAUGAUACUGUAAGGUGUUAUCGUGAUUUUUGGAAUUUUUGGGCAAUCUUUUUGUUAAUUUAGGUUAGAAAAAAGAUGUUUUUAGACUUAUAAGUUAAUGUUUUAGGUAAUAAAAGCCUGAAAAUUCAUGUUUUACAUUAGAAAAAUGAUGUUUUACACUUAUUUACUAAAUAACUAGUGGGUAUUAUAGGUUUUUUUGAUAAUUUAGUCUUAUAAAUCUAGGAAAUUCAAUUUUUUCUAAAGUUUGAUAAGAGAUUUUGAAAUUUCAACAGCGAUUUGUUUGUUUUUGGGAGCGUUUUUGCAUUAGAAAGGCCUAUAUAAAUGUAGUGAAAAGAGUUUUGAAAUAGUUUUGUUGAAUUGUUUGAGAGUGACGAGGUAUGGAAAUUUUCAAAUUGAAAAUUUAGUUGGAACUCUUGGUCCUAAUCUUACCUUUGUCCCUACCUCAUUUACCCUUACUCUUACGUUUAACCUUACUCCCACUCCGAACUUUACCCUACCGAUACCCUUACCCCUAGGUUAAUAUAAAAGGUUUAAACAUACUAUUUUUGCCAUUUUCAGACACGCUGCCAGUCCAUCACAGCCUUGGCCAAAUCUCUACGAGCCGGCGAACUCCCGGACGGCACCCAGGACCCGGACGAGCUAGCCGAACGCAUCGAAGAAGCCAUCUUCCAACACACCGGCGGCGUCAACGACCGCUACCGUGCCAACAUCCGCUCACGUAUGUUCAAUUUACGUGACAAAAAGAACCCCGCCCUCCGCGAGAACGUACUCACCGGCGCCGUACGCCCGGAACGAUUUGCCAAAAUGUCGGCCGAAGAGAUGGCAUCAGAUGAGAUGAAGAAGCAACGCGAAUCCUUCCACAAAGAAGCCAUCAUGGAGCAUCAAAUGUCCGUCCAAGAAGGCACCCCAUCAGACAUGUUCCGUUGCGGUCGUUGUGGCAAAAACAACUGUACCUACAAUCAAAUGCAGACUCGUUCGGCUGACGAACCGAUGACUACGUUCGUCUUCUGUCGAACCUGUGGUAAUCGUUGGAAGUUCUGUUGA